GCGCCCGAGCUGCCUAGUUUCUGGGUCACCGGGUCGUCAUGGUGGUGUGCAGGAGCCGUGCUCUGAGGCAGCUGAGCGGCCGGGGCUGGAAUCGGGCCCUGCUGUCUCUGCGGCCGCCUUGGGCCUGGGUCCGGCCGCUGUCCAAUGGGAAGCCAAAGGUGGACACGCACUUCGGAUUUGAAACGGUGUCUGAGGAAGAGAAGGGGGACAAAGUCUAUCAUGUAUUUGAAAGUGUGGCCAAAAAGUAUGACGUGAUGAACGAUUCAAUGAGUUUGGGGAUCCACCGGCUUUGGAAGGAUUUGCUGUUACAGAAGAUGCACCCGUUCUCUGGAACCAAACUCCUUGAUGUGGCUGGAGGCACAGGAGACAUCGCCUUCCGAUUCCUUAAUUACAUCAAGGCUCAGAACCAGAGACGGCAGCAGAGGGAGCUGAAAUCCCAUCAAAAUUUAUCCUUUGAAGAUAUUGCCAAGUGGUACCAGAAUAGCCGGUGUUCCUUGGGGGAAUCCCAUGUGGUCGUCUGUGACAUUAACAAAGAAAUGCUCAAAGUUGGAAAGCAGAAAGCACAGACCUUGGGCCACAAAAAAGGCCUGGCGUGGGUGGUGGGCGAUGCCGAGGAGCUGCCCUUUGAUGACGACAAGUUCGAUGUUUACACCAUUGCCUUUGGGAUCCGAAACGUCACACACAUUGACCGGGCACUUCAGGAAGCCCACCGGGUCCUGAAGCCAGGAGGCAGGUUUCUCUGCCUGGAGUUUAGCCAGGUGAACAACCCCAUCAUUUCCAGGCUCUACGACCUGUAUAGCUUCCAGGUCAUUCCAGUAAUGGGAGAAGUCAUUGCCGGGGAUUGGAAGUCCUACCAGUACCUUGUGGAGAGCAUCCGACGUUUCCCACCACAAGAGGAGUUCAAGGAGAUGAUUGAAGAUGCCGGCUUUCAGAAGGUGACCUACGAGAGCCUCACAUCAGGCAUUGUGGCCAUCCAUUCCGGCUUCAAGCUGUGAGCCCCGUUCAGCCCGCCUCCCGCUGCGCAGUCGGGGGAAGAGCCUCGGAGAGUCUAUGAAGCUCCCUUGCAGAGCUCCGGCCUUAGGAGCUAGGGGCUGAAACGACCGGCCGGCCUUGGUUAUGGAAGGGGGCGUGUCAUUCCCUCAGUGCUCAGCUGGUGCUGUUGGGUGGCGUUUGGUUGAAUUGCCACGGACGCCUUCUGUUAGUUCUUCUUGGAUGUGCAAGUGUGUGGGUGGGGAGAGGGGAAGGAGCACCGGAGCGCUAACUGAACAGGUUCUGUGGCCCGAGCCUCCCCACCCCGCCAUACUGAAAGGGUAAUCGGGGGGCCCUUGUCGGGGAGAGGAAAGGAAGGACCUCCUCCCACAGACACACACCCAGUCAUCCUUUAGUCCUAGGACCGUACGAUGUGCCCAGCCAAACACUGUGUGCUCCUGGCUUCCGUGUGUCCCCGCACAGCGUAUUAAACAAGUUGACUUGGGUCCGA